ACCGCCAAGGGACAGGGGGAGGGCAACAUCGCUGCUCGCGACAGUAUCUCACACAUUCACACACACACAGACACUAGGUCAUCUCCUGCUUCAACACUAGUUAUGUUUACAAUCCUUUGAGAGCAGAAAAGCCAACGAGACAAAGUAGGACUUAGACCUGCAGCAGUCGCUUCAGCGAUAACAACUUUGCCGACAGCAACAACAACGACAUGAAGACCAGGCUGUCCUCCGAGUCCUCCAUGGACUCCACCACCAGCGGUGACAGUACGUACGCCGUGCGGGUUGAGGAGGAGCUCCUCGUGAAAGGAGGAGGCUUCCCAGACCGCCGACAGACACAAACCAGAGGAAGGAGGAGGAAACUGGUCGUUGUCACCGUCAUCUCUCUUGUCCUUAGUGUCAUCAGUAUCCUCGCUGUCCUUCUCGUCGGUGCCUUCGUCUUCUUCAACGACAGUGAACUUAUCCACGGGGACCUGCAAGCACAAGUCUCAGUGAGUGACGAGGUUUGUCUUCCUUGUGUACAGCUGAACUCUGACCCCGUCAGCGACACGGAUUCGUCUCUGCUGGACGUGCUGGAGGUCAGGAGAGACGACAACAGUGACCUGACCGUCUGCUGCGCUCGCACGAACGCUCAAUUCGCUGCUCUCCUCAAACUGAUCAUUCAGCGGCAGCAAACGAUCAAAAAGCUAGCAGAUAGUUUGGAACCUGCUGGAGGUCAGAACCCGGCCAGUACAAACGACACGAGUGCUGUCUCGGCUCACCUGCUCUUCAAGGCUGGAACAGGAAAAGAAGAAAUACAACAGUGGAAAGCCCCGGAUGGCCAUGGACUCUCGCACGUGAGACCCGGCUUGACGUUUUACGACAACACUAUCUACGUCAUCACGUCCGGCAUGUACUACGUCUACUGUCAGAUCCUGUACCAGGUUGAUACUACUACUGGGGUGGUCAGCAGCUACGUGUACCGCGAGAGCCUGAUGAACCCCAUGAUGUCGGGUAUCGUGCUCAAGACCCGCCACACCAAGUACGUCCAGCAAACCGACCACCACGCCAGCUACGUGGGGGGACUCGUCGCUCUCCACAAGGGAGACAAACUGUAUGUUAAGUUGUCCGAUUCCGACCUCGUGUCCAACGAUGAGAAAGGCAGCUUCUUUGGUCUGUUUAGGGUCGGGGAGUGAGUGGAUGUGACCAGAGGCGAGGUGAGGACAGACAGAGAAGGGCUAGGGUAGCCUGACAGUAUCAAGUCUGACAUUGCAUGUUUGAAGUUUAUUUCAAUGUCUUGCAAGAGUCGGACAUUGUACCCGAUGACUUUCAUCCUAAGGAAUGGCCCGAGGAAGAGCUUGUGAAGUGUUUUAUCAUACAUAGAUGUGUACAUUAUUGCACGUGGGCUGCACUUACACAACAGCUAAGAGGACGAGAGGACGUGUGAGGAGGCAAACCAUUCAGUAGAGAUGCCACAUUCUACAGGCACAGUCUUGAGAACAUCUCAUUGCUGAUCUCACAGGCAAAUCCCAGCAUGCCUUGGUCUCCAACUCUUUCUCUUCCCAUGUUUGUGUAGUGAAUUCUGUGUGUGUGUGUGUGUGUGUGUAGACUCUUAGCUCAAAAGCUUCGUUGCAGGUGAUGUUCAUGCGAUUGUGACGAAUGCUUGAAUUAGAACAUUAAACAUGAAUUUAAAUAAAUAAAUAGCUGCACUACACUGA